AUGGAUCAAAAUGAAAUUGGUUCUAGUGAUGUAUUUAAUGAUGAGAUGGAUAGUGAUAGCACCUCAAGUCAAGAAGAAAAUGAUAAUCAUAAUGGUAAUACUAGUAUGGAAGAAGAAGAAAACAAUUCUUUCCAAAGUGAUGAGAGUAACUCUUACAACACAUCUUCUGAGAAUGAUUUAGUUGAUGAGUUUAAUGAGGAAGAAGGCUUGGAGGAUUUGGGUUUGGAUGGAGAUGAAAACAGUUCACAAGCGAGAAGUAUCAUUAAUGAUUUGGAGCCUUUUGUUGACAUGCAAUUGCAGGCUGAUGAUGAAGCAUAUACUCAUUAUAACAAAUAUGCAAAGGAGAUGGGCUUUUCAGUUCGGAAAUAUGGGGCGUUGCACUCAAGAGUUGAUAAUCAUGUCAUAGUAAGAUACUAUGUAUGUUCAAAUUAA